GCAGCGCGCGGGGACUCACUGAGCGGACGGCUCAGUUUGGGGGUGACUCGUGGGCCGUUUAAACGACCCCCGAGGGCUGCUUGUGGUCCAUGGGCCGCAAGUUGCCGACCCCUGCAUUAGUGUUGCAUUAGGAAGAAAAGGGGGAAAGAGGUGGAGGGGGGAAUGGUGAGUGGGUUGGGGUCGGGUAGCGAUGUUUCUAUUUUAUUUAAUGUAUGUGUGGGGUUUUGUGUCAGCAUCGCUUGUGCGGGUUCUCUUUGCUAUUCGCUUGUGAUCCUUUGGGGGCGAGAGAGGUUGGGGUUGGCCUAGGAUGUGGUUGUUUGUUUGUGACCGGCUGUGGUGAACUUUGUUUUCGUGUGUGAAUGGAGCCCGGUUUUCUGAACGCGAAGGGCGGGGUAUAAAUAAAAAUUUAUUAUUAUUAUUUUUGAAUCAGGUUAGCCAUAUUGGAUGCUGUUGGUGGGUUCCUGUCAUCGUCUUGUUGGGCUGCGUAUGUGAUAAAGGGGAGCCAUAGGCGUCUUCUUCCAUUUGUCCCUGUGUCAGUUUAAAGUUUAUUGGUUAGUUUUUCUAAUGAGGCUGUUUCCCUUACUAUUUGGUACCAUUGAUCCAUGCUGACAGGUCUCUCCAGUGUCUGGCUAUGAAGUUAAAAUCAACCCUUUAUGUGAAGCCAUGGGGACUAGAAACUCCCUUUAUUUCCAGGGAAAAAGCCAUCGUCCAGUGGGAGAGCACCUGCAUUGCACGGUCCUGGGUUCAAAUCCCGGGAGCAUCCCCAGGGAGGGCUGGGAGAGAGAGAUAGAGACAGACUCCCUGCCCGAAAUCCUGGACAGAUGCUGCCAGUCUGUGCAUGCAACACUGAGCAAGGUGGACCCAAGUUUCAGACUCGGUGCAAAUCAGCCUUCCUCUGUUCUUGACAGGAAGGAUUGGACUGUCUCCUACCCUGCGGUGGGUCAAAACCAGGAGAAGCGAAUGUAGGAUCUGGGAAACCCUCGCACUCGAAACCAGCGUCUGAGGUAAAAGCGCCCAUAUCCUGCGCACGGACGCCACCUCCACCAACAAUGCCCCACAUCGCCUCCGGCUUCCGGCGCUACCAUUUCCUGUUAUUCUGUGUCAGCUCCGGGUGGGAACGCCACGGGCCUGAGAGCCCAGGGCAGGCAUCCUGCUGGUUGCUAGGCAACCGGCCACGUUUGAGGCCUGUUUGUUUUUACAAAAAGGCAGGGGUCCGUCAGGGCAGGGCCUGGGGUGGGUCAGAGGUCCAGGGCCCCAGGCGGCAGAAUGAGGCCCCUCAGGUGCUAACUGACUCGAGCAAGGUAGAAAUAAGGCCCCGAAUCACACACUUGAAGCUGUAAAUUGCACCGCUUUAAAUUGUCAUGGCUUCCCCCAAAGGAUCCUGGGAAAAUGUAGCUUGCGAUGGAUGCUGAGAGUUGUUAAGAAACCCUUCUCCCCGCUCACUGCACAGAGCUGCCAUUCUCAGCGUGCUUUUAACAUACCCUCCAACAUUUCUCUGAUGAAAAUAGGGAUGUCCUAUUCUAUUAUUAUUAUUAUUAUUAUUUUAUUAUUUAUACCCCAUCUACUCAGGAUGGCUUCCAACGUAUAUAAAAACAUAAUAAAACCUUUAUAAACUUCCAGUCCCAGAGCUGCCAUUCUCAGCGUGCUUUUAACAUACUCUCCAACAUUUCUCUGAUGAAAAUAGGGAUGUCCUAUUCUAUAAUAAUAAUAAUAAUAAUAAUAGUAAUAAUUUUAUUAUUUAUACCCCGUCCAUCUGACUGGGUUGCCCCAGUCACUCGGGGCGGCUUCCAACGUAUAUAAAAACAUAAUAAAACCUUUAUAAAUUUCCCCAUACAGGGCUGCCUUCAGUUUUCUUCUAAAGGUUGUAUAGUUACUUAUCUCCUUGGCUCGGGGGGUUGCAUAACUCCAUACCCUCAAGCCUUUCUUUGAUGAAAAUAGGGAUGUCCUAAGGAAAAGUAGGACAUUCCGGGAUCAAAUCUGAAACUGGGACGGCUUCUGUAAAUCCAGGACUGUCCCUGGAAAAUAGGGGCACUUGGAGGGUCACUCUGAGAGAAGUAAAUGCCUUUUCUCAGGAUUUUCUCCAACAUUUCACCAGUGAGAAUAGACACGUCCCCUCCAACAUUUCUCUGAUGAAAAUAGGGACGUCCUAAAGGAAAGCGGGAUAUUCUGGGAUCAAAUCGGAAACUGAGAUGGCUUCUAUAAACCUGGGACUGUCCCUGGAAAAUAGGGACAAUUGGAGGGUCUGCUUUAACAAGCAAUCCUUCUUCCUUUGGGAAUUGUAGUUCUUGGUUAGGCGACCCCCUCUUCCCCUCAACUGAGCUACAAUUCCCAGAGUUCGUAGGGACAAAGGUCCCAGUAUUCACUGGGGAGGAAGCCAUGAUCUUUAAACGCACGCUGCAGAUGUGCUCAAAAAGCACCAUAAUAUUCCAUCACUCUCUCUGCCCUUGCAAAGCAACCUUGCAAAAAAAGAUGACCUGAGAUAAAAGUUAGCUACUGUAAAACAAGCAUGCUGCUUUUAAUUUGAGAAAGCAAAUUUUUGGCACAGCUGGGAGACAGGGCACAAAUCUGGUGGCGGCUGAGGGGCAGGGGAGGGGGGUCUAACGGGAAAAAGAAAUCUGGGUCAGGAAACCAGCUCUCUCCUUUCCUGCCUCUCUGCUGGAAGAGAUAAGGUUGUGGGGGAGUUGUUUUGUUUUGUUUUAAUUUUGGUGGGAAGAGAAAAGGAGCAGCUGGGGUGCGAGUGACCCCCAGCAGGGUGGGUCAAGGGGUCCCAACCUCACACUGACAAUGUGGGAAGUAGGGGAUCGGUGGGGAUUCAGGCCGCUUGAAAUCUGAAUUUAAUAACACGAAACCAUGCCCACAUUGGCUGCUUCUAGGUGCUAUAAUCUGGGAGUGGGGGAGAUUUUUCAGACCUAGGGCCACAUUCCCUUCUGGGUGACCUCCUGGAGGGGCCGCACGGCAGUGGUGGGUGGGGCCUGGGGCAAAAGUGGGCGGAGCAAGAGGCUUAAAUUUUGUACAGUAGACUAGCUUCUAUACACACCCCCAGGACCGGAUUUAGGUUUGAAGAGGCCCUAAGCUACUGAAGGUAAUGGGGCCCUUUAUAAGUCCAGCUGUCCUUCGUCAACAACAAAUUGUCGCUGUUUUUUUGUGUCGAAUAUAUGCUAUAUGGUAAUUUAUGGACCUAAUAGGUAUCUAAAGCCAUUUGCACAUAACAAAAUAUGUAUUUUAUCAAAGUAAUUGAUAUAGAAAUGGGCAAACCAGUGAUAUUUUAGGGAGCAGGCUAGCAGGCGGGGCCCAUUCCUUACAUCAUAGGAGCCUACACAACACAAAACACUGUUGCUGUAUGUAGGUUUUAUCUUAUUUGUUUUUUAUCUUAUAUUUUGGAAAUGUACAUCCAGUUUUUUUUCCUUUAAAUUUUUUUGGGGGCCCCCAAGAGAGUGGGGCCCUAAGCUAUAGCUUGUUUAGCUUAUACAUACAACUGGCACUGUACACCCCUGUAUUUAAAUCAUGGCUAAACCACUAGCCCAGCCAUUGUAGAUGGAAUCACUUCUUCCGCACAGCUGGAGUUUAGCUUGUGGGACUCCCUGCCACAAGAUCUGGUAACUGACCAGGAACUCAAAUGAUGGGAAGUCGGGAAGCAGGAAGUGGUACAGUGGUUAAUUCUGACUCAGUGGUCUUAUGGGAUGUGGGGGAGAUCUUUAGAUCAUUGGUAGGAAAACUGAUGGCCAGGGAUGAUGGGUGCCAGGGUCCCAGCCGCCUCCAGAGGGCCAUAGGUGCCCCACCUUUGUUCUAGGGUGCAGCCUCUGUCCUCACAAGGAAACAAUGAAGGCCAACUUGGUCCUGACCAAGAACCUUUAUGAACCCUAAAGAAAUUGUCUCAGAAUUCUUGACAACAACCAAGGUUCUCAUGACAAACUAGCAAGCAUUCCUCAGCAAAUGUUGUGGCAAGAAUUUUCCUCCAGCAAGACACCUCAAAAAACCUUGCAUUUGACUGAUCAGUCAGUCAUGAGGGAUGUGGCGGCGUUGGCAUUGGCAUUUAAACAACUGGGCUGGCAAACCAAGGCCUGCCAGGUUUCUUUGCCUCCGCCCCUCGGGGUGUCGAGAAAGGAAACGUUAAAAAGAUGACCUUUCUUUGGAACAAUUAACGGCGGCUCCAGUUUUCCAAACUGCUAAGCUGUCUCACGCUCCAUUCGAUGUCGCCAAGAGGGCAUGGACGGACAGACGGACUCCAGAAAGGGACAUGGGCAGGUGAUGCCAACUCUCCCCUUGUCUCGGGAUUUUGAGGCUGGCGUGGCCGCCUAAUGCCUCCCCUCCCGGCAGACACGCCCGGACACUUACCGGUGAUCAUCUGCUGGGCAUCGUAUGGCUCCAUAUAGCCGUCAUUUUCUCCUAGCCUCUCGGCGUCUCGCUGCCCCUUGGUGCGCUUGGCAUCGUACGGGUCGGCGUAAUCUUCCAGGAUAAUAACCUUGACAGCAAAGGGAAGGGGUGCAAAGGCAGCAUUAAGCAAUCAGGUGAGGUUUAUUUCACAGAACUGUCGAGCUGGAAGGGACCCAAAGGCUCAUCUAGUCCAACCCCUGAAAUGCGUAUUUGUGUGUGGCUCCUCUCAUGUGGCUAACAUCCUACCCCAGGCCCUGUCUGCACAUUUCGUUUUAAGCACUACAAUAGUACUUUAAACAACCCUGGCUCCCCCCACCAAGAAUCCUGGGAACUGUAGUUUGUUCAGGGUGCUGAAAAUUGUUUGGAGAAUCCUGCCCUCGUAUUUCCUCCCCAGAACUACAAUUCCCGGGGUGGUUUAGCCAUCCAUCCCUCUUCCCAGGAAACUCUCCUGAGGCCACACCUUCUCAGCCACACCCCCUCCCCAAGCCACACCCGCUGGUCUGGGAAAAGGUUGCCCUCUUUUAAAGGACGGCACUAUUUUAUGGGUUUGGUGGUUUCCUUGUUUUUCAUUUACGUGUCUUAUUGUAAAGCACCCUGUCGCUUGCGCAAAUGGCAAUGUAUAAAUCACCUAAAGUACAAAUAAAUCAAUAGAUAGCGGGGCCUGCAACAAAAUGUUGGGGUAUGGAGUGUGCUUGUUCUGGGUUCCUGCCAGUCAGCCAGCCAUGUCCCCUUUCAGGUGCUCCAUUCCAUUCCCCCUCAUGUUUUCAGGUCUUCUGUGGCCACUGAGCAUGCUCAGUCCUCAUUCAGCAGUUUCUGCCUCUUCCCCACCCUCUUUUUCUAAAGAUUAUUGUGUCCUUCUGCAAAGCACGAGACCCCCCUCCAGGUAAACCUGCUGCCACUGUCCUGCUGUGUGUGGCUGGUGCUGUUUUGGCUACGUAAUGAUAGGCACGCUCCCCCAAACAUUGUAAAUAGAAGGACCAAUGACAAUUGUAUCCCCCCAUAAAUGACAGGAGCACCUCAGUAACAACAAUGAUUUUUACAUAAAGCAGAAGUUCUGGGGAGGUUGCUUAUCAAAUUCUGUAUACUGAUGGUGCUGUGCAAACAAAGAAAGGAACUAUUUAUAUUUCUGUAUACGGGAUUAAAAACCGCAGGAGUUUCUCCUUUCAUAUAAAGUGCUGUUCGGACGUCCUUCAAAACAGAACCCCAGGAAGCAGAUUAAUUAUUUUAGGCUUUUCGUUUUGCUUUUAAGGAGCCCUUUUAUAAUUUCCCACCACGUUCUAUCUGCAGCCGACAGCCUGAGCCCAUCCCUGAACUAAGGACGCCCUUCUUUUCAGACAUCGGGCAGCUCAAAGAGCCACUCACUCUCUUCCUCGCCUCUUAUUCUCACUCUGCAUAACAAGAAACAUGGUGGUUUUGAGGCCAGCUAAAUUAAGCGUAGCAUCAAGGCUCUCACAAAUCAAGCAAUGGCUUAUAUCUCUUUUUUUUUUUAAAAAAAAUGUGAUUAAUUAGCUGGUGCAGGGAGUGGAAGAGAGGCAAAGGAAUUACAGAAGGAAGCACAUUCACGGUAGAUGAAAGAUGCAAGAGCAAGGGGUGCCCGCGAGGUUAAUUGGGUAGCAAAACCAAAAGUGGCAUUAAGCGAUGUCAAGUUGGUAUAGGCAGAGAGUCCUUAGAAGGUCAUCUUCUUUUGGCAACUGAGAAAGGGCAUGGAGAAUAAAUGUGGCCUACCCAUUAUAAACCUGCCCAAUGGGAAUACGCUGGCACCACCAUGGAAAGGGUAUCGGAAUGAGCAGGAUCCUUACCGUCUCCUGUUUAGCCUUCUCUGACUCGGGAGCUGCAACCAGGGUGGGACUCGGGGCGCUCCCAGGGUAGUUCUUUCCAUUUUUCUCGUGAGCAUCCACUUUGAUGAGCCGGUUGAUGUAGGUCCCGCAGCCGGCGUUGCCUUUGGGUGCCCCCCGUGCCGGUUCGUCCGCUGGGGCCCCAUCCACCCGCGAAUUCUUGCGCAUCUUCCCUGCGGCGGCUUGCAGCAGGCCCUGGAGGUUGUCCCGCGAAAGCCGCCCGCUUCCGCCAUCUUUCCCUGGCAGAAGCAGGGUCCGCGGGCCGCCCAGCUCAGUGGCAGAGUUUUUCCGGUUCUUCCCGGGCAGAGAAGCCGCUGUGCCCGCUUCGGGAGGACCUAGGCUCUUGCGCGAGGCACUGCACAGCUUCCCAAGGUUGGCGGCACUGCCCGGCUUGGCUCUCUCCGAAACCGUUUUCAGGCUGGACGGAAACUCUUUGAACCACUUGGCGGCCAUGGGGGGCAGAGGGCACCAGACGGCAGCAGGGGUCAAGGAGAAGCUGAGUUUGGGGUACCACUGGGGAAAGGACGGAGGCCUGUGCCGAGGCUGGCACAGGCUGUCUCGGGAGCCUGAGAUGGAGGCCUCAAACUGGCCACGCGCCCCCUGACAACCCAGCCACGUAACUCAGAGAAGGGCAGCCAGAGGCGAGCAGAGGCCCAGCGCCCAAAGGAUAGGAAAGGCAUUCCCUGGGCAAAGAAGGUGAGGAGCUGGCCAGGAGUAGGGCCAAUACCUGGUCACCUUGUCCCGCCCAAUUCCUCUUUCUCCCAAGGAAUUAAAAGCCACCACUUCCAACUGAAUAGUAAAGGAGUUUAAAAGGAAGCAGAACUGGCCAGCGGAGAGGGAAGCAUCAAUUUGGGUGGAUCGGUAAAACAGUUACACCUACGGAAAUAUAAAACUCAUCCAACAAUAUGAGCAACUGGGAGAGCGCAUUGAGGCGGAGGACCCCCGGACCCCCCUUUUAAUGCCUCAUUUGCCCAGCUCUGUAGCCCCCCCCCCCCCAAAGUGGGUAGACAACUUUUCUCUCUAUCUGCCAACAAGGAGGUGAGCUGGGAGUCAGAGUAGUAAGAAUUUUAAAUUGUAACUAUGAGGGGCUUUGGAAGGAAGGGCAACUAGUGCUUCCCCACUUUUUUUGGGGGGGGGGUGAGAUCAAACAAGUUAUAUCUCCUAAAUGCUUUGCAGCAGACAGAAGGGGUCUUAAAUUUUCAUUUUUGGAAAGGAAGAAAGACAUAGACUUUUCCUAAUAAGAGGCAGGGGAGAAAAAUUUUUUGUGGGAGAUCCAGCUAGCAGGCAGAACUGGGGCUUCUUGGUCCUGGGGGUGGGAGGGGGGCAGAAAACAAGAGGCGGGUGCCUCUCCAGGCUGCCACUAUUAGGGGCAUGGAAAGGGGUCUUUCCAAGAGGGGGGUCCUUUUACACAGCGGGAAGGAGGCGGCAAAGGAUCAUCCCUCCCUCUCCUUUACCCAGCCCUGGGGUGAGGUCGCCCCAUGGCGCCCUCGGGCUCCGCUGUUUGGUUUUGCUUUUACCUGCUUUUGCUCGACGGGACCCCCGGCCGCUGCUUUUCCACGCCGUCCCAAGGCGCCUCUCCCGCUGCUGCUGCCGGACAGGGAAGGCGAGAGGGCGGCUGGCUCUGGCAAGAAGCCUCCCCGCCCAGAUCCGGAGGGGGCGGCCUGGAGAGCCGCGAGGGGUCCGGCCUCUGGGCGCGGAUGAGAGAGGCGAGCAGCGGAGCCCGGGCGCGCAACUUGCGCGUUUUCACGGGGCUUGUGCGCCAGCUUUUCUUAAAGGUUUAAGAUUUAGUAAACAUGCACUUUACAAAAAAAAAAAAUUUACUUCUCCAUCCUCCCCUUUCUUCCUCCUUUUCUAUAGAUUGUCUCCAACUCAAAGUAAACCCCUUGAAAUUAAUGGAUCGAGUUAGUCAUGCCCAUCAGUUUCUUUUCUUAUUAUUUUCAUUUAUAUACAUUUAUAUUAUUUUGCCAGAUUUUAACAUUUUCGAUUUCGACUCCCUUCCCCCUCCUCCUGCAGUUCCUUACAUCCCCUCCCAUCUUUUCCUGCAUGCUCCAAAUUAUCUUAACUUAUUCUUUUAUUCGUCUAUUCUGAUAUAGAUCUCAUUCAUAUAUAUAUAUAUAUAUAUAUAUAUAUAUACACACACACACACACACACACACACACACACACUCUGCAGGUUUUCGCAAUAAUCCUGCCAAUGUCUUAAUCCGUUUACAAUUUGCUUGUAAAUACACAAUAACCCACUUCCAUUCCUUUAUAAAGAGUUUGUUUGUUAUCUUUAUUUGUUAUUCUUCCAGUAAGUUUUGCCGUUUCUGCAUACUCCAUUAAUUUCUGUAUCCAAUCUUUCGUCGAGACCUCUUCAUCUUUCCACUUUUGGGCAAAUCACAUUCUUGCGGCUGUAGUAGCAUGCAUAAAAAACAAACAACUAUACUGUUUGGGUAGUUCUAAUCCUAUAAUUCUCAAGAGAAUGCCCAUCAGUUCCAAGGGGUUUACUCUAAGUAGUUGUAACACUGGAGGCAGGUUCUUUCUGUCCAUCCACCCAUGAAUAUUCUCAUCCAUCACUUAAUGUACAAAUAUUCAUGUGUUCUUCCAUACAGAUAUAUUCCAUCCAUCCACAUAUAUAUUUCAUCACGCUCAUAUAUAUCUACACUUUCUUCCUUUCGCCUGUCUAAAUGCAACAUGUCUGCCUCUUCAUCAUCCCCGUUUGACUUUCUGUCUAUUCACCUGGUCCACUCAUGUUUAUACAAGUCUGUCUAUACAUUCAUGUCCCCCCAUGUCCAUGUCUGUCGGUCAUCCAUAUAUGUAUCUGUUUGUCUCUCUAUCCAUCCAUGUCUGUGUCCGCACAUCCCUCCAUGUCCAGGUCUGCCUCUAGCCGUCCAUGUCGAAAUUGGUCUAACCAUCCGUCUAUGCCCAUUGAUCGAGGUACAAUACCAAUUCAUCCAUCCAUCCAGCGACAGACAGAUUCGUACCUGCCCAUCCACCCACAUACAAAUCUACCUCUCCAGUCUUCCAUUUCCAUCCAUUCAGAUGCAUGUGUCUGUUUAUCCAUAUAAUAAUAGUCAUUUUAUUAUUUGUACCCCACUCAUCUGACUGGGUUGCCCCAGCUGCUCCAAUGUAUGGGGGGGAUGAAUGGACUGAUUUGUAUGUGUCCACACAUCCACGUACAGAUCUGUCUGUCCAUCCAUUUCCCGGUUCUUAGUCCAACACACUUGAACCAGUAAACCACAAAUGGCUCCCAAUAUAUUGUGUUUGUUUGUUGUUACUUACGUAUUUGCUUAAAUUGGAAAUUUUCAUUUUUGACACUGUAGUUUUGCUUGUUUACCUUACGACAGCAUGGUUAUUUUUGUCUUUUAUUGGAUCCGUCUUACAUGCUCUCAAAAGUUUUGCAUAUUGCCAUUCCUACCCCCACCCCUAAUUUUUUAAUACUUUGUUCCCUGCUCUGGGAUUGAAAGGAUUCAAUGAAGAGCAAGCUAUAAAUAUUGUUUUCUUUUUAAAUCCCUGUCUAUACCAGCCUGUUAAUCUCUGUAAAAACGCAUCCAUCUCUAGCCAUUGAUAAUCACCAUAGUAAAGGGACCAGCAUAUUAAUUUCUUUCCUAAGCGGUUUGUGUUUUAAAAUAUGCAUAUUUAUUCAAAGCAUUGUACAUAUUCAUUCUUCCUGGCCGUCGCCACAGACUGUAAUGCAGAAAGAUAAGAAGGAGGGAGCUUUUGCAAAUGACCCCAGACUGGGCACUCAAAAAAUGCAAUUUAAAAACAAAAUGUUGCCAUCCACUCCAUACAUUUAAAGCACACCUGAUGCACAUUUAAAGGACAUUACACGCACCCACAGAAUCCUGGGAACUGUAGUUUGUUAAGGGUGCUGGGAAUGGUAGCAGUUAGGAUUUUUUGUGGAAACUCAUGCAAUGCACGUUGAAUGCACUUUAUACAGAACUUGCUCAUGAGUAAACAAGAGAGACAGGGUGGGUCUGCAUGGGUGAAAUAUGACACAACAUGUUUUCUUGUUAUAAAUUCCACCGUGCUGCUGAAUUCUGGAUCCUGUCUUGGAAAGCCACGAUCCUAUGCAUGGGUUUAUUUGGGAAACUCAAUUGGGUUUCGGCACAGCGACGAUCUCAGGAGCAAAUCCCACUGCCAUGCAUGAGGCUUACUCCGAGGAAAAGCAUGCACCGACCUGGGACAUGCAACCAUCAUCUGAGGCCCUUCUCUGUGAGAGGUCCAGAGGGUGGUAACAUGAGAACAGGACCUUUUCUGCAGUGGCUCCCUGUAUGUGAAAUGUUGUCUCCAAUGGGGUUCACUUGGCACCUUCAUUACAUGUCUUUAGGCACCAGGCAAAAACUUUCCUCUUCUCCCAGACCUUGGGCUGCAUAAACAAUCUAUGGCCUUUUAAACUAUGUUUGUGAGGAUUAUUGUUUUCAUUUGUUACCAUGGGAUGUAUUUUUGUGUUUUUAUAUUGCAAAGUGCCCUGUGACCCUUGAUUGAGGUAUAGAAAUAAUAAUAAUAAUAAAAUAAUAAUCCUUUGAGCAGGGCUGGGUUUAGGUCUGAUGAGGCCCUAGGCUACUGAAGGUAAUGAGGCCCUUUAUAUGUCCAGCUGUUCUUGGUCAACAAGAAAUUGUCACUGGUUUUUGUGUUGAAUGUAUGCUAUAUGGUAAUUUAUGGACCUAAUAAGUAUCUACACAACACAAAACACUGUUGCUGUAAGAAGGUUUUACUUUAUUUAUCUUAUAUUUUGGAAAUGUACAUCCAGUUUUUCCCCCUUUAAUUUUUUUGGGGGCUCCCAAGAGAGUGGGGCACAGCUGUCAACGUUUUCCUUUUUUUAAGGGAAAUUCCCUUAUUCCGAAUAGGAUUCCUUGCAAGAAAAGGAAAAAGUUGACAGCUAUGGAGUGGGGCCCUAAGCCAGGCAUGUCCAAAGUUCGUUUUGGGAGUCUAAUCUGGAUCUGGCCCCUUUGGCAGUUUAUUUACUGGGGUAAAAUCCAAAAAAACCCCUCAACUUCAAUCCUAAAAAAAGGUCAAAAACUUUGGUUGGCCCUUUGGUUGGCUGGCCCCACAGCCCUUCACUUCAUCAAGACUGGCCCUCUUUGAAAAAAGUUUGGACACCACUGUAAACUGGAAUUGCGCUCUGCAUGUUUUACAAGCCAAGUUAUCUGGGCACAGGCUUCGCUCGUUUGCUUUGAUUUGCUCGGCUAAUUAGAAUCGCAGAAUUUUAGAGUUGAAAGGGACCCCCGAGGGUCAUCCAGUCCAACCCCCUGCGAAACAGGAAUCUUUUACCCAACAUGGGGCUCCAACCCAUGACCCUGAGAUUUAAGCGUCUCAUGCUUUCCCGGCUGAGCGAUCCCAGAUCUGCCCCGCAGAAAUUAUUUCACUGGAUCCACGGCGCGUUUGCAAAAACCUCCAUUUAAGAGUUUUUAAAAGCCACGCGUCCCUUGCGCAAAAAAAAAAAUCGAAAAUUGCCCUGGCGAGCGGGGAGGGACUUCUUCCUUUUCCUUUUUGCAAGCACGUCUCUCGUUUGCAAAAAAAAAAAAAAAAACAAACCCACCGCCUAGUAGCUCUUCCUGCACGAGAAACUCCGGCGCGGAUAAACAUUCCCGCCUCUGCAAAAUAAAAACCGGCGCACCGCAAUCCAUUACAGCUGCAAGAUCUGUGGCGCCACUAUUUAAAUUCAAUAAAAGGAGCGGCGUGGUGGUGCAUUGCAUGGCGCGGGUGCUGCGGGUGCGUUUUAGCCAGCAAGGACUGGGGGACCUGCUGGUAAGAGCGCUAACAGAAACGGCACCCUGGUAUCCGUGUUUUGCAACUCUCCCUUUCCAAUAAAAGUCCUGCGGGACGGAGGAAUGCGGAUUGAUUCCGGAUUCGAAGCGCGCACGGCUGCUGCGUCCGCACGCCGCCCUGCCAGCGUUGCAGCGCGCUCAGGUAUGGCCCCAGAGAAAGUGUGGGGAGGUUGCCUUGGCCCUUGACGCUGCGGGUUCCUCUUCUCCUGAAAUGGCUAGAUAUCUCUAUUUUUAAUUCGCCUUGGAAGGGGGGCGGUCAUGGGGAGUCUUCCUUCUUGCUUCCUGCUCUUUCUCCAGUCCCUCCCCCCACCCUAUUUCUCCCUCCCUUUCCUCCUCUCUCUACUGCUUAGGGUGGGGAACCUGUGACCCAUUAGAGGUGUUACUUUGGCCCCAGAGGGAGUUGCAACACUACAAAGUAAAAAUGCAGUUUUGAGCAACAGAUUCCUGUUUUGCGUGGGGUUAGACUAAAUGACUCUUCGGGUCCAUUCCAACCACAAUUGUGUUAUUCUGCUAUUCUAAUUAGCUGAUCAAAAACAAGCAUCUGAGCUAAGGCUGUGCCCAGAUGCUGGGCUUGUAAAACAUGUGUACCAUGAUCCCAAACCACAGCUUUUUUAAGGGAUAUUAUUAUUAUUAUUAUUACAAUUUGCUAUAUAAACACACACACACACAGGCUAUGCUUCCUGGGGCAGAUGGGAAUUGUAGUUAAUCAACAUCUGGAGGACCACACAUUCCUCACAUCUCUUUCGCAACCUGAAAGAUUGUUGUCAGGCUGUUUUGUGGGUUUUCUUAAUACUUGCGAAGCUAAAUAUUUUUUUUUCCUUUUAAAUUUUUGAAACUUUAUUGUGACAUAAUGACUGUUAGUAACCACCACAAGGUUAAAUAUUCUUACCUAAUUAGCCCUUCCCCCAUAGUAUUUAGAAAAUGCUGCUUGCUUUUUGGGUGGCUCCAUUUUGCUCCCAAAAUGAUUGGUACUCACAUUUGCUCUUGGAGGGGAAAAUGAUGAAAUGCCAUUCCAGGAACUUUAUUUCUUCCUGGUGGUUGCUGUUGUCGUUGUUGUUUAAAUUGAUAAUAAUUACGUCUGGUCUCCUUUUCAGGUUGAUGUCUCCAUGGACCCUUUGAAGAUGUGAGUAUUUGGAGUAGAGGAUAAGAUGUGGCUCAGAGAAGGUCUUAGAUAUCCAAGCAAUGGCUGAAUGUGAGCUAGUAUGAUUACAAAUAAAUGUGGAUUUUGUUCCUCAGCCUGAAAUAAGGAGGUUGGCUGUCAUGGCCUUUUUAGUGGUGGUUCCCAGAUGGUAGAACGAUCUUCCCCAGAGAAGCUCGCCUUUUGCCUAUGAAGUCCCCCCGCCUUUUGGUGUCAAGUGAAGUUUUUAAAAAGAAUCCCAGCCCUUUUAACAUCAUCCUAGGCAUAGUUCCAUCCUUAUUUUCAGACGGUGAUAUAUCAAUACAUCACAACGUUUAGCCGGUGAUAUAUUGCGAUGUGGAAAACCAGAUAUUGCCCAGCCCUAUUACUGAGAUGUUAAAUUUUUGCCUUUUAUGGUGGUUGAGGGUGCAAUUUUAUUUCUGCGGAGUUUUCCAUCUCUCUGUGUGAUUGUAUCAGGGCUGAGGAACCUUUGACCCUCCAGCGGCAGCUGGGCUCCAUAGGAAGCUGCCUUAGUUGGACCAAAGUUUGUAGGCCAGCAACAAACUAUGGUUUCAGUUGAUUAAACAAACCACAGUGAAGCUGCUGGGGCAGAGUUGAAACAUAUAAUACUGAGUCGUGAUUUAAUAAACCAUGACUCAGGUUGAUGUGCGAGACAGGCCAAAUUUUGUUGCGAUGAAUGUGUGUUACCCUAUUUCUUUCCCCUUCGGAAAUAAUUCAUCUAUCAACAGACAUGGCAUCUAAGGUUUCUCUGAACUUACUUCUCAGGUCAAACUCUGGCAACGAGAGGAAUAAUGGCAAAACUCUGAAGAAGCAUGUCAAAGCAGCCCCACCAAGGCAUCCUGGUAAGUUUGUGCUGCUCAGUUUUUGAAAAUGUUUGGGUUGGGGAGUAAUAAACAAAUGGCAUCUGCAACACAGUGUUGCAGCGUGGAGGAUUUCCUUAAUUACUGCCUUUGGGUGGCGCUGUGGGUUAAACCACAGAGCCUAGGACUUGCCGAUCAGAAGGUCGGCGGUUUGAAUCCCCGCGACGGGGUGAGCUCCCAUUGCUCGGUCCCAGCUCCUGCCAACCUAGCAGUUUGAAAGCAUGCAGUGCAAGUAGAUAAAUAGGUACCGCUCCGGCGGGAAGGUAAACGGCGUUUCCAUGCGCUGCUCUGAUUUGCCAGAAGCGGCUUAGUCAUUCCGGCCACAUGACCCGGAAGCUGUACGCCGGCUCCCUCGGCCAAUAAAGCGAGAUGAGCGCCGCAACCCCAGAGUCGGCCACGACUGGACCUAAUGGUCAGGGGUCCCUUUACCUUUAUAGCCCAGCUCUCCUCCAAGGAGCUCAAGGCGGCAUACAGAGUUCUCCUCCGCAUGUGACCCUCACAACAGCCCUGUGAGGUAGGUUAGGCCAAAAGUGAGUGACUGGCCUGAGCCCCCCACCCUCAAUGAACUCCAUGUCUGAGUGUGGAUUUGAGUCCUGGUCUCUCCCAAGUCCUAAUCCAACGUUCUAACCACUAUGCUGCACUGACCAGAGAAUGGUGCAAUGUUUAGCGUUCCUUUUAAGGUUGAUUCCUGCCAGCCAUGCCCUCUGCCGGGAUGCUCCAUUCCGUCCCUUCUCCCUGACUUCCUGUGGCUUCUGAACAUAGAUAAGUCCUCUCUGGGCUUUUCUGCUUUGCUUCCUUAGCUCCUGGGUUCAGUCCCCUUAGGUGGGAGGACAACGUAAGCAAUAAAGAGAUUUCUCCCUCCCCUCCACUUUAAACAAAUAAAUUGAAAGAACAAACCUCCCCCGUGCGUGUAUAUAUAUAUAAAUACAGGGAAGGAAGGGGAAGAAAACACCUUUUACCUUUUCUGCUUUACAGAAACUUUCCUUAACAUUUUUAUAUAUUUAUAAUUUUUUUGACAAAGUAAUAAUUAAUUAAUUAAUUAAUUAAUUAAUUAAUGUACAGUCGUACCUUGCAAGUCGAACGGGAUCCAUUCCGGAAGUCCGUUCGACUUCCAAAGCAUUCGAAAACCAAAGCUCGGCUUCUGAUUGGCUGCAGGAAGCUCCUGCAGCCAAUCGGAAGCCACAUCGGACGUUCAGCUUCCAAAAGAACGUUCGAAAACUGGAACACGCACUUCCGGGUAUGGAUCGUUUGGGAGCCAAAACAUUCAAGAACUAGGCUGUUCAAAAAGCAACUAAUCACUGUAUUUAAAAAGAAGGGGCCUGUGCAAAUGGGCCAGCGUAAGUUUGAGAUUAAUCGGGAAAUAAUGGAGAAUGGGAACAGGAAAGGGUCUGUAUGAGGGGCAGGUCAGAGUGGCUUUUCUGGAGGAAGGGAAAGCUCUCCCAGAUGGGAAGUGGGAAGAUUCAACUUCUCUGUAUGUGUGAAGAUUAAGAUAAAAUGCUGACCGAGGGCCACAUAGAUACAUUUGUAAUUUUGUGUUUUAUGAGGAUCAUUGAUGUAUUUUACUUUAGGAUUUUUCUGUUAGAUCUAUUUUUUUAUUAUCAUUAUUCCCUUUCGUUUAGUUUGAAUUUUAUAGCAUGUUCGGUUGAAAACCUUUAAUAAAACUGAUUCAAAAGAGAGAGAAUGUGAAGCUAUUAGCAUAAUGAAGAGAGAUUUGUAUGCAUUGCCCAAUAUAUGUAACUUCUCUGUCUGGCCCUUGGGACUCCAUCCAGGCCGUGCCCCACACUUCCCUGUUUGCACCCUCCUUAAGACUUUCUGCCUGCCUUACCAAAUUUUGAUGCUGCUUCCUGAUUUGCCUGGAUGGAGGAUAGAGGGGGCUUUGUUUGUGUGGAAAGUAGCCUACCAUACGGACUGACAUGUGGCCCAUGAGAGAUUACCCGGAACAGAAUGUGGCCCUCAGGCUGGAGAGAGUUCUGCACCCCUGAAAUAAAGGCACAUAAGAAAAAAACAUUUUGAAAAAAUACAGUUCCGGAACUGGAAUAUUAUUAGGUAAUGUGUAAAACGUGCAGGAAAUAAUAAAAUAAUAAAUUGAAUAAUUAUUAAACUACAACAACACAACAAGAUGGAAGAAGUAAAAUAUUGAGAUCACACAUGGGGGAAGGGGAGUGGGGGGUAUAGGGGAAUUUAUAAAAAUUUCUAAUAUAAUAUUUCUAAUCACAUUGCAUUUAUAUACAGUAAAGGGAAGUCUAUAGCAAUUAGAUAUACAGUGGUACCUCAGGUUAAGUACUUGAUUCGUUGUGGAGGUCUGUUCUUAACCUGAAACUGUUCUUAACUUGAAGCACCACUUUAGCUAAUGGGGCUUCCCACUGGUGCCGUGCCAACAGAGCACGAUUUCUGUUCUCAUCCUGAAGCAAAGUUCUUAACCUGAAGCACUAUUUCUGGGUUAGCAGAGUCUGUAACCUGAAGCGUAUGUAACCCAAGGUACCACUGUAUUUUAAUUUACUAAACUAUGUAAUAGGCUUAUGUUACAAAACAAAUAUGGAUUUUGAAUUAGAUGUUUGUAAUUCUUUUUCGGUUUUGGAAUAAAGUUUAAAAAAGAAAAAAACAUUUUGGUUUCCCUGCAGAGAUUUAUGCCCCGUUCCCUGCCUCAGACCAAUCUGGCUGCAAAAUCUUGGGCUGUUUUUAAGGAUUGUGUGUGUGUGUGUGUGUUUCUUUGGCACCCAUUUCAGGAAAACGGCAACCGCGGUGCUCCUUUCUCCUCCCAGCCCUCUCGGCUGGGUUUUCUUUCCACACAAUGUGCCUGCAGGCUUCUGAACAGGGCAUAAUCCUUUACGGCCAAACAUUUCUCCCCUCGUUGGGGUCAGAAGUCAGAAAGCCAUUGUCCGGUUAUUUAUAGCUGUGUCCUGUCUCUGAAUUAUCUUUGUUCGUUUGGGGCAGGCAGGUUGGAAAGCAGCCGACAAGUGGCAGGCAAGCCGGCUGGAGGUUUUGUGCUUGUGCCGGAGCCAUUUUUACUGGGCGAGCGGGUUAGUGUGCUCAGCUGCACAACAUCCAAGUUCUUCCCCCCACAUUCUAGGGGAGGAUGGUGGGGCACCACAAGGCAAGGAGCCCAAGUGUGGGUGGAGCGAAAGCUGGCGAUGGGUGGAGCCAGAGCCCAUCAGAGGAAGUGCCAGUUUAGGCCACAUUCACAGCAUAAUGCACAUUUGGAGCGCAUGGCUUUGCCCCAGAGAAUCCUGGGAACUGACAUUUACCCCUCACAGGGGAUUAGGCCAAAUCUAGUCCUACAUCCUUCUGACAGUGACUGACCAGGGCCACGGGUGGCGGUGUGGGUUAAACCUAGGGCUUGCCGAUCAGAAGGUUGGCGGUUCAAAUCCCCGCGACGGGGUGAGCUUCUGUUGCUCGAUCCCUGCUCCUGCCAACUUAGCAGUUCGAAAGCACAAAAUGCAAGUAGAUAAAUAGGUACCACUCUGGUGGGAAGGUAUUUCCAUGCAUUGCUCUGGUUCGCCAGAAGCGGCUUAGUCAUGCUGGCCACAUGACCCGGAAGCUGUACACCGGCUCCCUCGGCCAGUAAAGUGAGAUGAGCGCCGCAACCCCAGAAUCGGACACGACUGGACCUAAUGGUCAGGGGUCCCUUUACCUUUAAUACCACUUAAAUGGCCAUGGCUUCCCCCAAAGAAUUCUGGGAGCCUGUAGUUUGUUACGGGUGCUGAGAGUUGUUAGGAGACCCCCAAUUUCCCCGGCACAGCUACAAUUCCCAGAGUGGAUUAAUCAGUCAAUCCCUUUUAACGGGGGACUAUGGGAAUUGUAGCUCGGGGGAGGGAAUAAGGGGCUCCCCUAACAACUCUCAGCACCAUGAACAAAUUGCAGUUUCCCAGGAUUCUUUGGGGGAAGCUGCGUCUGUUUAAAGCGGUAUGAUACUGCUUUAAAUAUGUUUACAGUGGUACCUUGGGUUAAGAACUUAAUUCGUUCUGGAGGUCUGUUCUCAACCUGAAACUGUUCUUAACCUGAAGCACCACUUUAGCUAAUGGGGCCUCUUGCCGCUACCGCGCGAUUUCUCUUCUCAUCCUGAAGCAAAGUUCUUAACCCGAGGUAAUAUUUCUGGGUUAGCAGAGUCUGUAACCUGAAGCGUAUGUAACCCGAGGUACCACUGUACUGCAGAUGGGGCCUUAGGGUGUCAAACCAAACCCCUUAUUUGUGGGGAGUAGGAGGCAUCUCUCAAAAACUCCUUUGGUCUUCUCCUUCCAGGGUCCUUCAAGAAAAAAGAAUCUGAACUUUUUGUCGGCAAUCUCCCGUUGGAUAUCAAGGAGGUGAGGCUUGGUGCUUUCUGUUUCAGGAAUAUAUUUCUUGCGGACACUUUCGCGGACUGCCUUUUUCUCGUGAUGUAUAUUAAGCUGUGAAAAAUGGGCCUGUGAUAUGGUCUAGAUAUUCCCCGUUUUUGUUUUCACCUAAGUUGUCAUCUACAACCCCCCUCUUUAAACCAAAACACCCAUCAUAAAUGUGUCUCUCUUACAAGGAUGUAUAUUGGGCAAGGGAAAUGUCAGUUCUCUGUCCAGCGAGAAGGUGGGACCCGGGCAUGGGUUGCCUCUGCCUACAACCCAGGACAGGUGGGGUCAUGUGACACGGUCAUGUGGUACAGCUUUGUGGGCGUAAUCUGGCUCAGAAGGCUCCGCCUACUCAGGUUUCUAGCCCGUCUUCACCCCAGUCCAUCUGCACUUAAAGCACUACCAUGCCACAUUAAAGGGUCACGGAUUCCCCCAAAGAAUCCUGGGAAAUGUUGUUGGUUAAGGGUGCUGAGAGUGGUUAGGAGACCCCUGCAUAGCUGUCAAGUGUCCCUUAUUUGGAGGGACAGUCCCUUAUCCCAGCGCCGUGUCCCGCUGCUGUCCCUUAUUGAUGGAUGUCCGUUAAAUUUCCCGGGUUUCAAAGGAAGCAGCUCCUCUCCCUCCCUCCCUGCUGGCCAGGGCGGAGGGAGGCUCCAAAUGUGUUGCUUGGCUGCCCGCCCCGCCCCCCUCCAGCCUCCUCUCACCAGCCUUGGUCCCCGGGAGCCCCUCCCCACUGGGACUGGCGGGAGCCUCGGGCCCUUCCGCCGCCAUCCUCCUCGCAGCCGCCAAACUGAGCGUCUCUGCCUGAGGCCUCCCCUCUGCCCGUCACCGCCGCUCCCGCUAGGCCGUACUGCGACUGUGCCGCCGAAGGACCCGGAUGAGAUGGGCAGCCUGGCAUGGUCUAUGAAUUGAUGAGGAGCCUUGAGAGGAGAGCGAGGGCAACCAUAGAGAAAGCAGUUCAGAGAGAGAGGAGGAAGAGGAGGAGGCGGAGGCGCGGGCAGGUGUUCCAAGGGCUACAAGGGAAGGACCGCAAGCGCUUCUCCCAUAGAUUUGUAGUGGUAGACUAGCAUAGAUGGUCUGAUCUGCGGGUUUACUUUGGGCGCUAUUUUCCUCCCCCCCUUCCUCCCACCCCACCUGAUGGAACUGAGAGCUGCAGAUGGAGCACGAGAGAAAAGAUACAGAACGGCAGCAGCAUCUUCGUAGCUUGGACUUCGUUUUGCGCGAAAAGCGGUUGCUGCUUGUAGUUAUUUAAUUGCAGUGUUUCAUCGGCUGGUGUCUUGAGCAGCAACCUCUGGAAACGAAGGGCUAAAAACUGGCACUGCUCUCCAAAAUUAUCUGGUCCCUUUUAACUGGUUGACUAAAAUCCCUUAUUUUGGCUGCUAGUCCCUUAUUUUCAAGGCUGCUGGUCCCUUAUUUUCAAAUCUGUAAGUUGACAGCUAUGGACCCCUGUUCCCUUCACUGAACUAUACACAACUGAGCUAUCACCUGGGAUAGCUCAGCUGGUAGAGCAGGAGACGCUUAAUGUCAGGGUUGUGGGUUCAAGACCCACGUUGGCCAGAAAUAUUCCUGCAUUGCAUGUUGUGUCUAUAUAUAAAUUGAUGAUGAUUUGUAAAGUAACACAGUAGCUUACAGCUAGGAAGCUAAAUAACACUUCUAGGUGAUUGGUAACUUCUUUCUAAAGACUAUACAAUGUCCAGACUCUUUAUAUUCAAAAGAACUCUACUUUCAUAAACAUAUAACCGAGAAGAAUACAUUUACAAUCUCAUGCUUAUUCACUUUGUUCCUUAUCGAGAGCUCCUGUGCAGGUUUCUCCUGAUUUACAUUUCUGUUUCACUCCAGACAGAUCACACGGACACACACUGUCCUCAGCAGAGCAGCCAUUCUCCUCACAUACACACAGAGAGGAGCAGAAAGCAGUUAAAAAAACGACAGUUACUGGAAUAACAGUCACAACGGAAUGGAAUGCCUCUCUCAUGUGACUCAGCCAAUCACACGAGGGCUACUGCCAAAGGGGAGAAAAAACCCAUGUUAAAAAUACACAGUAAUUUAACAUAAGUAAAUAUUCCCAUUUAAGGAAAUUUUUACCAUUAUCCUUAACGUUGCAUUACUGGAUAGCUCAGUUGGUUAGAGUGUGGUGCUGGUAAUGCCAAGGUUGCAGGUUUGAACCCUGUAAGGGGCAGCUGCAUAUUCCUGCAUUUCGGGGGGUUAGACUAGAUGAUCCUCAGGGUCCCUUCCAACUCUCCAAUUCUGCGAGUAGCCGAGUGAUCAGUCCUUCUUCCCAAGGGACUCUGGGAAUUGCAGCUCGGUGAGGGGGGUCAUCUAGCGCUCAGCCCCUUAAACAAAAACUCCACCUCCCAGUGUAGCCUUAUGAGGCUUUGCCCUCGGGUGGGAAAAAUAUUGCGCCCGGGAAAGGGAAGUGGGAGUCAACAGACACUCAAGGAAUAGUUUCGGAGAAAAGGCUUUUAUUUCUACCAUCCAUGAACUGGUAGAAGGAGCAAGUGUGAUAGUUCACAAAAAGCAUGCACGAAGUUCACAGUCCUGUGCACAAGCAUAUAUACCCUUCCAGAUCCCUCCCCUUUUCUCCUCCCUCAGGAGUCCUGCCCAUGAGUUUCUCUGAGCAUGAACAGAAAGCUGUCUUGGGACUAUUGGACUCUUCCCAGGAAAGGGGUUUCAGAGUGUUCAGAUAUGUUUCAAUCUCUUGUUCUGGCAUGGUUCCCGGACAGAAAGUAAGUUGCAAUGUGGUUCGUUAGCAAGGCCAGAAGACAUGAGAAAGGCCUGAGAAACAAUGGACUGUUCUCUACCUUUGUUACAGCAGAGUGGAAUGUUUCUGAUGCUUAGCUGCUGAGAAAAUGAUUUUGAAAAGUUUUGAGAAGCUUUGAGCCUGCUUUGGUGGGGGGUGACUUCGGGCCUAGGUGAGGUCACCUGUCCUCACCUUCCUUCAUUAGGAUUCCUUUGGAGGAAGCCAUGACUGUUUAAAGUGCUUGGUACUGCUUUAAAUUCACCGCGCAGGCAAGGCCUUAGAUUUAAAACUCAGGGAGUUGCCUCUAAACAUAUCCCUUUGUGUGCUGUAAUUAAACUGCAGGGAUCUCUUUUGGUUUAGCCUGGGAGUGAUUUUCGGGGUGGGGUGUCAAUCCCGUUGUGAAUCUUCCCCUCUUGUUUCUAUCUUAGACAGAGUUAGCGGUUGCGUUUAGGGAGUUUGGCGUGAAGACGGUCAAGAAGCACAAGGCAACUUUUACCAGGUACACCCUGCGGAAAACGGGAGGUAUUGGACGAAACCUUUGAUAACCCUCCAUUCAGGGAUUGGGGGGUGUCCGCCCUCCCGCGAGGGUGAUCCUCUUUGGCCUUGCGAGGUCUUCCCAUUAUGGGCGGAUAGCCUGGGGGGCUGAAUGCAUUCCCUUCCACCUGUGGUGAUGUUCAGAUGAAGGAUGAGGACAGGGAGAGACUAUGCCUUGCCUGCUUUGGGGGGUCUUUGUCUCCUUUUAUCUGGCUCCACCUCCUUUGACUUGGACACAUCCUGCUGCCCGCAGUAGGUUGCUGUUGCCACUUUCCCCCAAGAGUGGGAGGACUGUGGCCCCUGAGGCCGACCGAUCUGGCCCUCGCAGCUCUCCCUAGACCACGCCUCUCAUACCACCUGCUUCAUACAAUCUAUGCUUGCUUUUGUCUGGCCGGGACUUGUAAACCAUACAGUCAUACCUCGGGUUGAAGUCGCUUCAGGUUAAGCCUUUUCGGGUUGUGCUCUGCGGCGACCCGGAAGUAACAGAGUGCGUUACUUCCGGGUUUUGCACAUGCGCAGAUGCUCAAAAUGACGUCGCGCGCAUGCGCGAAAGCGGUGAAUCGCCAGGCGCGCGUUGCGUUCGCUUCAGGAUGCGAACGGGGCUCUGGAACGGAUCCCGUUUGCAUCCAGAGGUACCACUGUAUAUACACGGUGGCCCCUCCCACUUUUGCCUCUGGCCCCGCCCACCACUGGUGUGUAGUUCCGGAAGGGCAUGUAGCCCAUGUCCUUAGCACAUUCUCCUUCCCUGGCUCUCUUUUUUUCUGGAGAGAUUGAAAUGCCAACAUGGCGCCACAGCUGACGUCGCUUCUCCUUCUCCGCAGCUUUGGGUUUCUGGAGCUGGCGUCUGCCGACAUGGUCAAACUCGCCAUCAAGCGGAUGAACGGCAGCCUGGUUCACGGGCGACGCAUAACAGUGGCUGUUGCGGAGGACAGGAGGGCCCGCGAGCCCACAAACAUGGACACAGAGAUGCCGGUAAACAUUCCUCCCUCUCUUUUAGCAUCAUCUAUAAUGACAGUUUGAAAGCCCAUCAAAGUGCAAGUAGAUAAAUAGGUACCACUCUGGCGGGAAGGUAAACGGCGUUUCCGUGCGCUGCUCUGGUUCACCAGAAGUGGCUUAGUCAUGCUGGCCACAUGACCCGGAAGCAGUACGCCGGCUCCCUCGGCCAGUAAAGCGAGAUGAGCGCCGCAACCCCAGAGUCGUCCAUGACUGGACCUAAUGGUCAGGGGUCCCUUUACUUUAUAAUGACAAGGUCCCCUGGCCAUAACCCCUCCGACAUGAUUUUAUAUCUCCUCGCAGACACAGUUAAGUAUGUAACCUAGCGUGUCGCACUCUUUGCAACUGCCGCUAGGAAAAUUAGAGCGAAUUAUAUAGCCAAGGUAGCCACCAACUGUAAAGGAGAUGAAUUUAUUUGACCCUAUCUACAUCAAGCUAUGGGACGCGGGUGGCGCUGUUGGUUAAACCACAGAGCCUAGGACUUGCCGAUCAGAAGAUCGGCGGUCCGAAUCCCCGCGUUGGGGUGAGCUUCCAUUACUCUGUCCCAGCUCCUGCCAACCUAGCAGUUCGAAAGCACCUCAAAGUGCAAGUAGAUAAAUAGGUACCACUGCGGCGGGAAGGUCAACAGCGUCUCCGUGCGCUGCUCUGGUUCACCAGAAGCAGCUUAGUCAUGCUGGCCACAUGACCUGGAAGCUGUACGCCGGCUCCCUUGGCCAAUAAAGCAAGAUGAGCGCGUAACCCCAGAGUCAUCCGCCACUGGACCUAAUGGUCAGGGGUCCCUUUACCUUUACAUCAAGCUAUAUUUUAUCCUUAUCACCAAACUCCGAAUAUAAUUGCGCACUGUAUUAAUUAACAUCAUUUUUUAAUAUAUUAGUGGCCAUGUGAUAAUUUUAGCUUAUAAAUUUUAUUGUUUAGUGUCUUAAUUUGUCUAUUAAGGUACUUUUAUAGCUCUGUUUAGAGUAGGUAAUGUCUUGAUAACAUAAAUGUUUUAAGUUUUCUGUAUCAAUCCAGUACAGUGGUACCUUGGGUUAAGUACUUAAUUCGUUCCGGAGGUCCGUUCUUAACCUGAAACUGUUCUUAACCUGAAGCACCACUUUAGCUAAUGGGGCCUCCUGCUGCUGCCGCACGAUUUCUGUUCUCAUCCUGAAGCAAAGUUCUUAACCUGAGGUAAUAUUUCUGGGUUAGCAGAGUCUGUAACCUGAAGUGUAUGUAACCUGAGGUACCACUGUAUAUUUUGUUUUAAUUGUUGAAUGAUUCUGUGUACAUUGCGGCAGCCUUUGACUAUGUGCAAUAAAGCUGACUGUCUGGCAUCGUCUACCUCAGCCCUCCAGAUGUUUUGAGACUACAAUUCCCAUCAUCCCUGACCACUGGUCCUGCUAGCUAGGGAUCAUGGGAGUUGUAGGCCAAAAAAACACCUGGAGGGCCGAGGUUGAGGAAGCCUGGUCUACACUGACUGGCAGAAGCUCUCUCCUGGUUUUCAGCCAGGGUCCUUCUCUACCUAAAAAUGUCAAGAUUUGAACUCGUGACCUGCUGCUCCACCCACUGAGCUAUAAGGCUUCCCGAUAGGUGUUAGGUGUUUUUCCUUUUCUGGAUGACGGGGCUCCAAACCUCACGUUUCAUUGCAGGAUUUGGAACCCAUCCCCUGGGAAGAGACCGGACCCAAGUGUGGUAUGUUGCACCCGUGGGGGUUUUUCUCUUUAUUUCCUCCCUGCUAUAUCUUGGGGGCUCAGGGCAGCUUUCCACACUCCCCCACCUGCCCUGCAAAAUGACAGUGAUUUUCUCGCUGGGCGAAGAAAUCAAAUUUUCAGAUCAAAUGAAAUGAGAAUGAUAUUAUAAACGUAAAACCUAUUUAACUAACACACGCUUACCUGGACGCACUUUUUUUACCCUGGCUUUUGACACUUGACGUGUGUGUUUUUAGGACCCACCUCAUUUGGAUGAUUGUAGCGGGUGGCGCUGUGGGUUAAACCACAGAGCCUAGGACUUGCCGAUCAGAACGUCGGCGGUUCAAAUCCCCGCGACGGGGUGAGCUCCCGUUGCUUGGUCCCUGCUCCUGCCAACCUAGCAGUUCGAAAGCACGUCAAAGUGCAAGUAGAUAAAUAGGUACCGCUCCGGUGGGAAGGUAAAUGGCGUUUCCGUGCUCUGCUCUGGUUCACCAGAAGCGGCUUAGUCAUGCUGGCCACAUGACCCGGAAGCUGUACACCGGCUCCCUCGGCCUGUAAAGCGGAUGAGCGCCGCAACCCCAGAGUCGUCCGCCACUGGACCUAACAGUCAGGGGUCCCUUUACCUUUAAGUUGUUUUAAACUGUUUUUAACACUGUGCUUUAAUGUUGUGACUCACGCCUGACACCUUAGGGUGAAGGGAGGGGGGAGAGUAAUAAUAAUCAAAGAUAAUGGUGUCUUAUGGCAGCUGUAAAACAAACAAACAAACAAAUUUAAAUAUUUAUUAUUUGUUAAACCCACUGAUUUUUUUCUUUACAAAAGUAACUAAGACUCCUGUGUCUUUGAGUUGUUUUUAAAACUGUUUUUAAUUUUAAUUGAAGCCGUUUUGCGAUAAUGUAAGCUGUUUGGAAUUGUUGCAGCUCACCCUGGGACCUUAGGAUGAAGGGCAUAUUGUUGUUGUUUAAUAGCAACAACGAUAAAUUGGAGCUCACCUUAUCAGAUGAAGGGCUCUACUCAGACACCACACCCCACACAAAAGUGUGUGCACCUGCAUCUUUUGUAAUGUUAUGUUGUGAACUGCCUUGAGAUCUAUAGAUGUAGCGCAGUAUAUAAAUUUAAUUAAUAAUAAUUACCGUAUUUUUCCGUGUAUAAGACUCCCCCGUGUAUAAGAUGCCCCCUAUUUUUUGGGACUCAAAAUUAAGAAAAUGCACUAUGCCCUAUCCUUGUAUAAGGUGACCCCUUACUUUAAACUUCAAAAAUUUAGGAAAAAAUCUAGUCUUAUACACGGAAAAAUACGGUAUUAUUAUAUUAGGAUCAGACUUCGGCUAAAUGUGGCGGGUGGGCGGGGUUGCCCACCUUUCAAUCACAUGACAUCAUGAUUACCGUAUUUUUUGCUCUAUAAGACGCACCAGACCAGAAGACACAACUAGUUUUUGGAGGAGGAAAACAAGAAAAAAAAUAUUCUGAAUCCCAGAAGCCAGAACAGCAAGAGGGAUCUGGCUUCUGGGAUAGCCUCUUGCUGUCCUGGUUUAUGGGAUAGCUGUGCGAAGCCUCUUGAGGGCAGCGGGAGGAAGGCUCCCCCAAGAGCCGCGCUCCCUUUAAAAAGUGCGUGGAGCGUGUGUGCGGCUCUUGGGGGCAGCCCUUCUCCCUCCUCAGGGAAAAGCCCCCAAGAGCCGCACACACGCUCCGCGCACUCUUUAAAGGGAGUGCUGAGCAGACCCUCCCGCCUGCAUUCGCUCUAUAAGACGCACACACAUUUCCCCUUACUUUUUUUUUUUUAUAAGAUAUUUAUUAAAAUUUCAGAAAUAAAAGUAGAAGUUACAAUAGUAAUAGUAGGAAAAAGAAAAAAAGAAUAAAAAAAGAAAAAAGAGAAUACAAAAUACAAAAAAAGUAGAAACAAUUAAAAACAAAUCAAUCUUUCCAUAUCUUGUCUUUCACUCACUUGUUUCCCUGACCUCCUCACACCUCCCCUUUUUUGUAUUCCAGUUCAGUAAGUUAAUUCAGCAAAUCCUUUCCCUCUUUGUUUUUAUCUUAAACCUUUGUCUUAAUAUGUAAUAACUGUAUAUUCUCAUCUGUUAACAGUCCAUUUUUACAUACUCCUUAUAACAUUGCUGCUAAAAACCCCUUAGCUUCAAUCCAACAUCAUUCUAACAUUCAUUAAUUUUACAGUAUUUCUGUAGAUAGUCUUUAAAUUUCUUCCAGUCUUCUUCCACCGACUCUUCUCCCUGGUCUCGGAUUCUGCCAGUCAUUUCUGCCAGUUCCAUAUAGUCCAUCACCUUCAUCUGCCAUUCUUCCAGAGUGGGUAAAUCUUGUGUCUUCCAGUGUUUUACGAUAAGUAUUCUUGGUGCUGUUGUGGCAUACAUAAAGAAAGUUCUAUCCUUCUUUGGCACCAAUUGGCCGACAAUGCCCAGGAGAAAGGCCUCUGGUUUCUUCAGGAAGGUAUAUUUAAAUACCCUUUUCAUUUCGUUAUAGAUCAUCUCCCAGAAAGCCUUAAUCCUUGGGCACAUCCACCAAAGGUGAAAGAAUGUACCUUCAGUUUCUUUGCAUUUCCAGCAUUUAUUAUCGGGCAAAUGAUAAAUUUUUGCAAGCUUGACUGGGGUCAUGUACCACCUGUAUAUCAUUUUCAUAAUAUUCUCUUAAGGCAUUACAUGCCGUGAACUUCAUACCUGUGGUCCAUAACUGUUCCCAGUCAGCCAUCAUAAUGUUAUGUCCAACAUCUUGUGCCCAUUUAAUCAUAACAGAUUUCACUGUUUCAUCUUGAGUAUUCCAUUUCAACAGCAAGUUAUACAUUCUUGACAAAUUCUUAACUUUAGGAUCUAACAGUUCUGUUUCCAGUUUUGAUUUUUCCACCUGGAAUCCAAUUUUCUCACAUUUCCCCUUACUUUUGAGGAGGGGAAAAGUGUGUCAUAGAGCGAAAAAUACGGUACAUCACCUUAUUGGUUGUCUGUCAAACUCCCUUGCACAGGUUCCGGAGUGCCCUUACAGACAGUCGGGGAGAAUUUUUGCACGGACCCUCAACAUUCCACGGCUAUUGAGCAUGCUCAGUCCUCAUUGGACUGAGUUCCGGGUGCGCCAGCCCCUUUUUGGGAUUUUUUAAUGGGGCAGUGUGGUGUUCUUCACCUUGGGAUCCCCCUAAGCAUAUUGAGACCAGGCUUUCUUUCUCUCUCUCUCUGUUGACUUCGUUUCAGUUCAUUUCUACUGCCACUCUCAAACCUUGCCUCUUCUUUAAUUUCCCCUGACUUCCUGUCUUGUUCUCGGCAGAUCUUUCCCCAAAAGCCAACACACAGACCUUGGACCCUCCGAAGCUGAAGGUCCUUUAUGCCAUUCCCAUGGAAAUGAGGUGAGGAGGAAUAUCUUACAACAACACGAAGUGGCAUGAAAUGUCAUCCGCAUUUGGGUGUAUAUUUCUACUCAUAUGCGUAUUUUUUUUGCAAAGUGAUUUUCCCAGUCAUGUUAUUUUCACGAUUAUAUGCACUUCUACGCAUGCUUUGCCUCGGCAUACUCAUUUUUGCAUACAUCACUUGGCUGAAGAACUAUAUUGCGAAAUUUAGAGGAAAAAUUGAGAAGUGCACAUUUGGAAGGCCGAACAUAAGAAGAGCCCUGUUGGCUCUAGUCCAGGGGUUUCCCAAACUUGGGUCUCCAGCUGUUUGUGGACUACAACUCCCAUCAUCCCUAGUUAGCAGGACCAGUGGUCAAAGAUGAUGGGAACUGUUGUAACCCCAUUGGGCACUUUCUUUGACUCCUUGAUAAUUUCUUGACAUCUGUGAUUUAUGUUCUCCUGCUAGGUACCGUAUUUUUCGCUCUAUAGGACGCACCCGACCAUAGGACGCACCUUGUUUUAGAGGGGGAGAACAAGAAAAAAAAAUCUCCCCCUCUCUGCUCAGUGCCCCUUCAGCGAAGCGGCAAGAAAAACGGAGCCCCUUCCAUUUCUCCUCCCGCUUGGCUGAAGGGGUGCUGCGCAGUUCUCCCUCUCUGCUGAAGCCGGGAGAGUCUUGCUCUCCCGGCUUCAGCAAAAGGAACCCGAAGCCUCCGGAGCGCAGCAGGAACUUGCACUGUGCUCCGAAGGCUUCAGGCGGCUAUCCCUGAAGCCUCCAGAGCGAGAGGGGUCAGUGUGCACCGACCCCUCUCGCUCUCCAGGCUUCAGCGAAAGCAACGCAGAGCCUCCGGAGCGUGGAGGGAGCGCUCCCUCUGUGCUUCAGAGGCUUCGCGUUGCUAUCGCUGAAGCCAAGGAGCCCGCAUUCACUCCAUAGGACGCACACACAUUUCCCCUUAAUUUUUGGAGGGGAAAAAGUGUGUCCUAUAGAGCGAAAAAUACGGUAUUUUUAACCGAGUACCAGAAGAAUAUUUUGAUGGGUGUUGUGACUUUCCUUCCAGAACUUUGUUCUUGCUGCGGAUGUUAGGAGAUUGCUUUAAGGAUGUGGGCUGGCUCUUCUCCAUAGCAAAAGUCGUCGGGAAAGCUGCGCUGCUGGUGUUGGAUACCGUUCCGCAGACCCCCUUCUUCUGGGCCAUCCAUCUCACAGAGGUUGGUGCAAACCGCAAAUUCGUUUUGGUUAAACUGCCUGCCUGUUUGACCACCGCUUCCCAUGAUUGUGGCUCCAUACAGCCUGGCGAAGCGAAACAGUUUAGUGCCCCCCGUUAGCGGUGAAAGCAACGUAAGUGCACAAUGUGCUGCAAUGCAACAGACGGCGGUUCAUUGAGCUCUAACGCACUUUGAAUGGCACUGGCCUCGUUCGGGAAAGAGGGCAAAUGGUAGAAAGUUGCUUUUGAUGGCCUCUGCACACGUUGUGUAGUGAAAGGAAGGAGGCUAGAGGAACUGAAAUGUUUCUUCUUUAAAUGGAGCGUCUGCAAGUGGAAAUGUGAGGGGUGAGGGAUGUUGUGCUACCCAUCAGGCAAUGGCUUUUGACACCUGCCUUGCCCUACCCUCCAGCCCUGGGAGCCUUUCCCAGACCAUGACUUUGAAAACAGCAGAAGCAGCUGGAAAGUGAGUAGUUCAGGGAUAGUUUCAAGGGUUGUGUGUCCUUGUUUCUCCGUUUGAUCCUUUUGCAUGGCUUUGUACGUUUUGUGAUAUUUAGUGCAUUGUGAUUUGCUGUUAUUUUUCUUGAUUAUAGUUUAGCACAAUGCAAUACAAAUCUUUAUUACGGUCAUAGACCAGCAUAAAAGGGUGAGACACAGUCAUUUAAAAUCUGAAAAGCGUUUUGGAAAGCUAAAAGGUAUUCAUAGAAGGUGAAUAUAAAAGUCUAUAAGAAUUUAAAAGAAGGGAUAGGAGCAUUGGGCGAAUAUGGAAGAGCAUAAAAGUUUGCUAUAUAAAAGAGUUAACUAUAUUAAUUUACAGAGCACUCUGAUAUGUUCAUUGAAUCUAGUUUGUGGCACAGGUCAUCCUCUGACAAAUUUUGAGCUCUGCUGUGCAGAAUCUAGCAGCAUUGUAUGUUGUAGUAGGAUUGGUAUCUGAGAGCAGCAGGGAGGUAUAGAAUUGCCCUGUGGGGCAAGGCCACGGGGAAAUAGUUUAAGCCAAUAAUUGAGUGUGAUCACCCACACUCCAGCCUCCACUUUUGUGAAGCCUGCCUCUAGCCUCAGAGCAGCAUUAGAGACCCAUUUUGGGACUUGAAGGACUGACCUUUGAAAUUUGGAUUGCACCAUUAUUUAUUGUAACUGAUUAGUGUAAACUGUUUAAUUAUUAUUUGCUGAUAUUUAAUUUUACUGUUCACUAUUGCAUUCCAAUGGAUUAUUGAAUAUUGCUUUAAUUGAUAUGUCGAUUAUUUCAAAGUUAUUGGGACUUCUUUGUAUUGGAUCAGAUUAUCAGACGUUUGUGAUCGUUGCUGUCUGUUUUGUUGUUUCUUCAGCUUGUAUACCGCCUUAUGUAUAGUAAUUCAGAAAGACGGUAUGCCACUUAAAAAUGAAAUGAAAUACUAGAGGACUUUUGCUUGUGUAUGUGAACGUUCAACAGGAGCUAAAAUACACCAGAUACUGUUUUUGCUGUUAAAAAUGCAGGAAUGCCAUCAGGCUAUGCGGAUGCUGUUCAGGGCCUUGGCAGAAAGUGAGUCUUGUGCACCCUUUCUGACAAAGCAAGAGGUUCAACAAGGGACACGUUGCUUGGCAGAGUGCAUUGUGGGGGAUGAAGGCCAUGCCUGGAACAGGUGAGGGGAUUAUGGAAACAAAUACACGUUGCGCGUUUGGGGUUGAGAACAAAUCAUGUAGUUAAGACAAAUGGAGAUACCUGCAGGUGGCUGUUAGUUAUGACAGCUCAGUUGAGCCUCCCUGUGCCACAGCAGUAUACCUUGUGGGUACUGGAGGCUGGGGACUUACAGCAGGGGAGGUCACGAGCUUCCCAGCGACCCCUGGCUGCCCCUGAUUGGGAACAGAAUACUGGGUGGAAAAUUAAAAGUGGAGGUAUCUUUUUCUCUCUCUCUUUUGCCUCUAUCCCUUUCUCAGGUGCUGGGUUGUGGAGAAGGUGGAUGAUUUGGCGGUAGUGUUCUUUGUGGAUUUUGGCCGCUCUGCCACUGUCCCGCUUAAUUCCCUGCGGAAGCUGGACAGGGAUGAUUUCUGGGCCAUCAAACCUUUGGCGCAGCCGUUUGCGCUCCAGGAAGGCAAGUGAAGGCAAAAGUCGGUGGAGCGGUGAACGCAAAUUUCAUCCUUGUGCUGUAGGAUAAGGUGCUAACAACGCUUCACCCCCCCCAAUAAAAAAUUUAAAAAUCUGAAGAGGUUAAAAAGGUAAAGGGACCCCUGACCAUUAGGUCCGGUCAUGACCGACUGGGAUUGCGGCACUCAUCUCGCUUUAUUGGCCGAGGGAGCCGGCGUACAGCUUCCGGGUCAUGUGGCCAGCAAGGCUAAGCCGCUUCUGGCGAACCAGAGCAGCGCACGGAAACGCCGUUUACCUUCCCGCCGGAGCGGUACCUAUUUAUCUACUUGUACUUUGACGUGCUUUUCAACUGCUAGGUUGGCAGGAGCAGGGACUGAGCAACGGGAGCUCACCCCAUCGUGGGGAUUCGAACCGCCAACCUUCGGAUCAGCAAGUCCUAGGCUCUGUGGUUUAACCCACAGCGCCACCCACGUCCACUGGCCAAAUCCAGUAACUGAGUAUCUGGGGGAGGCAGAGACAAAAACCAAAACCCUGGAGAAGUGGAAUGGAAGGCCAUGACUCCAUAUUGCAGCAUUUUUGUUGCAAGUCCCUCUUGUACUGCUUACUGAAGAAUUCCUUUUGACUUGUACUUUUUCUUCUUUUGCAGAGGUUUUCCCACCUCAACUCAUGAUGAGAAAAAUCCUGGAAGGGAAGGUGGUCGGCCCAUUGAAGACAGAGGUAAGGACAGGAGUGUCUUGCAACUGUUAACGUACAGAGGAAAUGAUUUUUUUUUGUCGUCUUCCAGACUUUUGAUAGCCACAGAACCACUUCUCUGUCCCCUGAAUCGACAUGGGUGAAUCCUCAAAAGGUUUAUUUUGAAAGUGGCCAGAGGAUGAGUGAUCUGAUUGCAGAGGAGAGCCACAAAUCAAUCCACUAGAUGUGCCUCCAAAUUGGAAGCUCCAGAACAGCGACUGUACGGAGAAUCCCAAUUCAUAUAUCACAUUAACCAGGGGUGCCCAAACUUUUUUCAAAGAGGGCCAGAUUUGAUGAAGUGAGCAUACAUGAGGGCCGACCAAAAUUGUUCAGCUUUUUUUAGGAUUGAACUUUAGGAACUUUUUUUAGGAUUUUACCCAAGGAGAUAAACUGCCACAGGGGCUGGAUUAAACCCCCCCAAACGGACUUUGGACAUGCCUACAUUAAACCAUACAGUGGUACCUCUGGUUAAGAACUUAAUUCAUUCCAGAGGUCCGUUCUUAACCUGAGGUACCACAUUAGCUAAUGGGGCCUCCUCCUGCCGCCACGUGAUUUCUGUUCUUAUCCUGAAGCAAAGUUCUUAACCAGAGGUACUAUUUCUGGGUUAGCGGAGUCUGUAACCUGAAGCGUCUGUAACCCGAGGUACCACUGUAGUUGAAAAUGAACCUGUGGUUCAAGGUGAACUGAAACGCGUCUUCCCCUAACUCUUUGGUUGCUCUCCAAACCAACAGCAGUCAGGGUUUGUUAUUGGUUUGCUGGUUUGUCAAGAGAGAAGCAAACCAUAAGCCCUGGUUUGGAUAAGAAGAGUCCCGCUGUAGGAGGCCAAAAGCCCACCUCGACCCGCAUCCUUGUCUCACAGUAGGGGAAGCCCACACUGUUUUAAGGCAUUUCGCUAUCCUACCCCCAACUGCAUAUUCACAUCACCACCAUUAGCACAUAUGGCUUCGCCUAGAGCAGGCACCCCCAAAAUCGGCCCUCCAGAUGUUUUGGGACUACAACUCCCAUCAUCCCUGACCACUGGUCCUGUUAGCUAGGGAUGAUGGGAGUUGUAGUCCCAAAAAAUCUGGAGUGCCGACUUUGGGGGUGUCUGCCCUAGAGAAUUGUGGGAUCUGCCAUUUACAGUUCCUAACACCCUUGACAAAAUAGAGCCUGGUUGCUAGAUCAGGCCAUCUAGUCCAGCACAGCCCCUUCUCCCAGUGGCCAACCGGAUGAUAAUAAUGAUAAUUUUAUUCUCCAUAUGCCGCCCAUUGGACUGGGUUCCCCCAGCCACUCUGGGCGGCUUCUAACAUAUAUAAAAACACAAUAAAACACCAAACAUUAAAAACUUCCCUAGACAGGGUUGCCUUCAGAUGUCUUCUAAAAGUCAAAAUAGUUGUCGAUUUCCUUGACAUCUGAUGGGAAGGCCCUCUGCCUCGUUCCCUGUGACUUCAGCGAGGGAAAUGCCCAAAGACCCUCGGAGCUGGAUGAUGAGGGUGGAGACGCUCCUUCAGAUGCCUCUGGGAAGCCUGCAAGGAUCAGAGCACAACAGCGGCUCUCCUUGCUUGCAGUUCCCAGCAGUGAACUACCUCCAAGAUUAGAACACAGCCAUCUUUGCUACUGGACACUGAGAGUCUUAUCCUUCACAUUUUCACCUGCUGGGGGUCUUGCGACAGCAAAUUUGCCCACAAGCUUUGCGGAAGAGCAAUGCCUGUGGAAGCGAGUCCCAAAGUUUAACAAUGCACUGCCGAAAGUACUUCCAUUUGUGUGCCCUUAAUCUUCCAACACUCAAACUCCAUUGAUCUCUGAGUUAUGAGAAAGGGAGAAAAACAUCUCCCUGUAUGCUUUUCUCCAAACCGUGCAUUAUCCUAGACACCUCUUACAAUGUUACCACCCACCCCAAAUUAAUACUCCCCAAAUGUUGUAACCUCUUCUCAUGGGAGAUCUACUCAUGCCAAACUAAUUAGCUGGUUUCCUGGGAGCAGAGUUGGUGUGCACUGAUAACUUUUCGGUUUUGGGCUCCUCAUUCAUGUUAAAUAAACUCUAGGUUUUAAAAACUGCUGUUUAAUGCGACAAGUGAAUCAUCCAGAGGUGCAACAGGCAUCUCUUCCCAUGGUGGAUAAUUCUGCUGAAGCUCUGCAGAAUUGGCUGACCCAAAGAAGCAACGCUUUGAUCCCCUACAUCCUAGCAGAGGCAAGGUCUGGGUAUCAUGCAGAGAUGCAACUGGCACCUCUACGCUCGCUGGUGCGGUUUAGCUCCUGUGUAGCACACAGAGUUUAGGGAAUUACUCAUUGGCCGCUUCCGGCAUGUUCUGAGGGUCAAUGCAAGUUGGAGAUCACUGUGCCCUGAAUCUAAAUUCCGCGCCAAGAGUUCCAAAGGGUCUCUGGAAACCUAGCAAUUCUAUGUGCAGCUAAUGCAUUUGGUGUUUGUUUUAAUUCUUCAUCUACUAGGCUUGAGAAACUAAAAGCACAGCUUGGGAGUUUCAGUGGGGAUUUACCAACACUCUCAAGAGUUUCUCUUUGGAUUAUGUUAAGUUCUAACAGCUUUUUCUAUGGGGGGAAAAAUCAGUUAACCAGCUGGAUUACAACUGAACCCCGUGUUUACAUCCAAUUCCUAAAAACAUCCCCACAUGGGCAGCCUGUUAUAAGGGCUGGAGGGUGACAGGAGCUAUGGGUCAUGAUGGGUGUUUGGGGGCGGGGAGAUGUGUUUAAAAUACACUAAUAUUUUUUUCUAAGUCUAUCUUGGUAACUUUUUACAGCAACACAUUUUGAAGUUUGCCAUCAAAGAUGAGUAGGAGGAGGAAGUUGUUUAAAGAAAUUCUGGAGAGAACAUCCGACAAGCAAGCUGAUGGGCUCUUGGGAAAAAGGACUGUGCCUUGUUGCGGCAGGAAGGAAAAAAAUGUCUCUUAAUUAAAAGCAUUUUGCAUAUUAGUGGUGUUCAAAGAUGGAGGGUUUGAAGAGACAAGGAAUGUUGAAAUUUUGCCUAUUGAUUGGAGCCUGUUCUUCCCACCUUGUUUCUGUAGUUUAGUUGAUUAAAACCAAAUAUAUACAUGUACACCUAAAACUUGUUUGCUUUUUUAAAAAGUGAUGCUGAGGAAGAAAUUGUCUGAUUGUCUCUUGCACUCAGGUGAGCUUUUUCCUCUGGAGUCAUUUUUGCUGUUGAGUUUCCCCACUUCUUUGAUUUUCUACCCCCCCCCCGCCAAGGUCUGCCGAUUUUAAAAUAUGACCUACAGCAAGGGCUUCCAAACUGGUGCACAGACUACCAGUGGCCCAUGUGCUCCUUUCAGGUAGUCCAUGAUGUGCCUGCCUUAAGAUUUUUAAUUGCAUUUUUAUUGCUCUCUUUCUUUCUUGUACUUUAUUGCAUUUCAGUUCUAGGCAAUUUCAGUUCUAACGGAGCGAAGUACAAAACAAGAAAUUUAAAGGAGCAAUUGAAACACGAGUAAAAAUCACACAGCAUUAUGAACGCUAUAGCUGGCCGAAAAAUCAAAUCGAAUACCCUUGGCAAUUUUCAAGUGGUCCACAGGAGCGUAAAGUCAAAGAAUAGUAAAACUGGAAGUGUGGAAACCUGCUUGCUGCCCUGGUCUGACCUAGGUGUCCUAGGAGCACCAGAAAGACACAAAGCCCUCACCUAAUUGCUAACCCCAAAUUUGUAUCCUAGCAAGCUGUUGGGUUCCUACUUCCCAAUUCUGAAAAACCAAGUGUGUACAAGGAGUUAACACAACAGGACUGUGAGGAUUCAAAAGCAAUCAUCCUCACGACUACUAAGCCGAGUUGGUCCUGGUUAAAAAACAAAAUCACAGUGCAGAUAUUGUGUCAGGAUCAUAGGGAACGUCACACAGACACAAUAUAAAUCUAGCAAGUUAUGGCAAUUCCACGAGCCUGAGGAUCUUUAGGAACUGAUUUUAAAGUUUCUAGACCUCAUGGAUUUGUGGUUGGUUGUUUUUUUCCUGGGAAGGCAAACCCUUUAACCUACCCUGAGUUGCCACCUGCAUUGCAGACAGAGAGGUAAGACUAGUUCCCCUUCAAAUUAACAAAUGUAAUUGUUCUCCAAAGAAGAUACAUUUCCCCCCCAUACACAUCCAUCAUACACUGUAACC